AACAUCACUUUCCUCUCAUGACCUCUCACCCUGGCGCUUCUGUCUGCAGCUCUGAGCUCUUUUGCGGCUAAAUAAUUGAAUAUAUACCCGUUUGUCAGUGAAAUAUCGUUGCUGAUUUGUUAAUUUGGCGAUACAUUAAGUAAUCGUUUACCACUUCACCUGACGCUUUAUUUGACUCUUGUUGGGGUAUGUUUUGACAGGUAGCGGUUCGCUGUUAGCUCGUAUGCUCAGUCACGGCUAAUAACGCUAAUUAAAUCGCUGUCAUCUGAGAAAAACAUCCGAUUUUGUUUAAAUCAGAUGCCAGCCUUUGUUUCUUUCUUUCAAAGUUUUACCGACCCGUUUAUUAUGAUGUGUCAACGGAAAAUUGUAGUCAUAAACGUAUUGAGAAGUCUUGAAUUGGCGAGUUAUUGACAGUUAACCAACCCGGAUAAAGCCAAGAACACUGCCCAAUGCUGUGAAGAAGAACACUUGGCAACGUGCUUAACGUGGGAACUAUUUGCUUGUCAUUUCACUGCGACAAGUGCAUCUGUUUUAUCUAUUAUCUGGGAUACUUUUUCAAGAAACAAUGGCCAACGUCACAGACCUCCAAACUAAAUACAGCAAACUGGCUCAGGAGUAUUCAAAGCUUCGUGCUCAGAACCAAGUGCUCAAAAAGGGAGUUGUGGAUGAACAGGCAAACUCGGCUUCAUUAAAGGAGCAACUGAAGCAGAGAGACCAAAGUUUACGAAAGCAGGAGCAGGAGAUGGACAGCCUGAGCUUCAGGAAUCAACAGUUGGCAAAAAGAGUGGAGCUACUUCAGGAGGAACUUGCUGCCAGUGAAGCAAAAGGCAAAAAGGGGAAGAACAAAGGAGACUCUCCAUCUCAGCAUGGUUUGCAGACACAGAAUGUGUUUGACGAGGACCUGCAGAAGAAGAUCCAGGAGAAUGAGAGACUCCAUAUACAAUUUUAUGAAGCCGAUGAGAAACACAGAAGGCAGGAGGCUGAGCUGAGGGCGCGACUGUCUGAGCUGGAGAGAGCCUCACAGGAACACCAGGCUGUUGUGGAGGGACUCACCACCAAAUACAUGGAAAACACAGAGAAACUGCAGAGUGACAAGGCACGAUUAGAGCUAAAAGUACAAACAUUGGAACGUGAAGCAAAAGAAUGCAGGAUGAGGACAGAAGAAUGUCAGCAGCAGUUGAGGAGAUGUCAGACUGAACUUAACCGACAAGUGAAGCAGAGUAGCAGUGUUAUCCAGGAGAAAGUGCCCUUCAAUGACACCAAAUAUAAUGACUACAACAGCCUAAAUGUGCCUCCACACAAUCGACGGCACCAGCUGAAGGCGCGGGACGUAGCGGGACAAGCCCUAAGCUUCAUUCAGGACCUGGUGGCAGCUCUGUUAAACUUUCACACAUAUACAGAACAGCGGGUGCACAUCUACCCUUUAGACUCCUCUAUCGAGCCCAUUUCACCUCUUAAUCAGAAAUUUUCUCAGUACCUCCAUGAAAAUGCAGCCUAUGUGCGCCCCCUGGAGGAGAGUUUUCUGCAGUUACAUCAAAGUAUAACAGAGGACACUGUCACAGUUCUGGAAACUGUGGUUCAGCUGAAGCCCUUUGCAGACCAUUUCUCCUCCUACACAAGUUUUUUACAGAAGAUCCUCCCUUACCAGCUGAAAAGCCUUGAAGAAGAGUGUGAUGCUCCUCUUUGUACUGCUGCCCUUACAGUGAAAAACCAGGAGCUGCAGCAAGACAUGAAGAAAGUUACUUCUAUAUUUGACAAAAUACAGAACUAUAUUAAACUUCUGGCCUUACCAAGUGUCGAGCAGGAUGCCCUGCCACAGAGCAGCACCUCUGCUGUUUUCACUCAGCUGGCUGCCUUCCUCCAUUGCGUUCAUGAUGCUGUUAAAGAGAUGUCAAAGCAUUACAACCAGAAGGCGGCCUUAGAACAGGAACUUCCCACAGUCACACAGAAACUCUGCACCACGACCGAGUGCCUGGUGGGCUCUUUGGGCUCGCUCACCAUCGUCACUGGAAAGAUAGCCACGUUCUUUAGCAACAACCUGGACUUCUUCACAUCUUCAGGAUAUGGCCCUAAAGGAAAUGCUGUCACACUCAACCCGCUGCAGGCAGAGGCAAUGCUAACUCACAAGAAGAAGGCAGCGGCAUACAUGGAGGCCAUCAGAAAGCCGCGGCCGCAGUCUGUUCCUUAUAAAGAAGCUCUGUCAAACUUUCGGAUCCUCACCAGCUCCACGGAGAGCAGAGAGGGACUGGCACAACAGGUGCAGCAGAGUCUGGAGAAAAUUGCACGUCUUGAGCAGGAAAAGGAGCAUUGGCUUCUAGAGGCUCAACUCGGCAAAGUGAGAUUAGAAAAAGAAAAUCAACGGAUUGCAGAACUAGAGGCUCAACUGACAGCGGCGCUCGGUGGAAGUCUAAACUCACAAACAACUCCAAACCAUCAAGAAGAGGAGACAAGGCAGAAGACGGCUGCAAAAGAAGCAACACUAUGCACCAGCCUGGUUGGCAUGCUGUGCACAACACCUUCAGUAGAACAUGUGGGGGAUGAAGAGUCCAGGGAGCAGCUCAUAAAGACUCACUACAUGACCAGAGUCGGCGAGCUCACCACACAGCUCCAGAUCUCUGACAGUAAAGCUGUGCACUUCCACUCAGAGUGCCGUGCUUUAGCUAAGAGAUUAGCUCUUGCAGAAAAGUCGCGAGAAACACUGACUGAAGAAGUGAAAAUAUCUAACCAAAACAUCACGCGGCUACAGGACGAGUUGACGACCACCAAGAGGAGCUAUGAAGACCAACUGAGCAUGAUGAGCGACCACCUGUGCAGCAUGAAUGAGACCCUGAGCAAACAGAGGGAGGAGAUUGACACGCUAAAACUGGGGAGCAAGGCAAAUUCCAAGAAGAACAAAGGUCGCUAGGACUGCCAUCUAUUCUCUGGGCAUUUCAUGGACUAUUUUGGAACUGGAUAUCCUGCCAUCUUGAUUAUGAAACAGGACUAAAGAUAAAGAAAACAAGCACCGAUCUCUACACCUGUCAAGCAGCAAUAACUGUGUGGACUUUUGCUUUCUUUUACUGAAUAUGUUUUAUCCAUUCCCUUGGACAUUGGACAAACCACCAGUUACAACUUUACAAACUGUAUGAUCUGAGAGUGCACACCCCAAGAUGGAUGAACUGAAAACUUGAAGACCAAACCUAAUUAAUUGGUGUGUGUUUUACUGUUUUUUUUAUUUGUGUGAGACAUUCUUAUCAUUGGGAGGCGCGUGCUGAGUCAAUGUUGGUGUGCCCUCGUGUUCUGACUGUAACAUCAGACAUUUUCUCAUGCGAUGGUCAUGGUCUGAAGAAAUAAUAAUAAUGUAAAAACCUAUGUUCUAAGAGAAAUAGCCCCUUGUAACACUUAAGCCUAAAUUAUUCAUACCAAUUGAAAAAUAAUGUAGAAUACUGAAUUUAUGUUUAUUUCUGUUCAACUGUGACACUAAGUGGUGGCAAACAGAUGGUAUAGGAUUUACUGCAAAACGUAUGCAAAAAACUGAGACUUACUGAGAAUUCUAUACCAGGUUAUGAAUAGUACUGGCUUAACUGUGUAUGUCAAGCUGCUGCUCAGAAGGGCUUCUUACAGUGCACAAAUGAAGUGCACAUUCCUUUUAAAAUACAACUGAAGUUGAGAAAGAUUUCUGCCUCGAAGCACUGAGUUUACUAACGUGUCAGACGGACAAGUCGAAGCGCGUGAAGCCUCGUCUUUUCUGUGAACACAAAGUUUAGACGUUUUUAUCACCAAAGUUCAAAUAUAGAUGUGUGCACUCUAAAGCCCACUGUAGCUUCUAAUAAUUAAUCAUGUAUAAUAAAUGGAGCAAAAAGGGUCAAUAAUGUGUAAAUACACUAAAGUUUCAGAAAAUCUAUGACAUUUCAUCUGAGUUUACAAUUUUUUUAUGUUCUCUCUGUUAAAUUAAACCUGUAAAAACAUUCAAAUUUUGCAUUUUGAUCUGUGUUUUUUUCCAUUGAUUUUUCAUUUUGUCUUGCUGUAACUUGUCUAUGAGUCACAACAUAGCACCAGGAAGUCUAUGGCUUGUAUAGACACGAGGGCAAAGUCCAGUAAAGAUUGUAACCAGAUCUUAGCCCAUUACACCUGCCAGCAAAUCUUUUGUCACAAAAGAUUUGCCACUAAUCUCAAAUCAUAAAACAAUAUUUGUAUUUUUUACAAUGUAACCACUGGGAAAGCACAUAUAAACUCAUGUGUGAAACAAUAAAAUGCUUACUCAAUGUAAAA